AUGCAUAAAUUGUGGCUGCUAUUAGUUUUGGCUUUUCUUGUUACAAUUGCCCUGGAUGUGGUUGAGGCAAGAGGUGGUGGUGGCGGAGGAGGUCGUGGGGGAGGUUUUGGCGGUGGCGGUAGAGGAGGAGGCUUUGGUGGUGCUAGAGGUGGAGGCUUUGGUGGCGGUAGAGGAGGAGGCUUUGGCGGCGCUAGAGGUGGAGGCUUUGGUGGCGGAAGAGGUGGUGGCUAUGGCCGUGGCGGUGGAUUCUUCGGUGCAGGUGGUGGUGCUUUUAUACCCUAUCGUCCUAGUCGACCCUACUAUGGUGGUGGAUUUUUUUGA